AUGGAGCACUCUCAUAUUCAUUCAGAACCCUGGUGGACAAAAUGGAGUCCAGAGAAUGUCACUAUAGCUGACGAUUCCGUCUCCGAGGCCUGGAAGUAUUGCACUUUACAAGGCGUAUAUUUCGGAGAAAAUGAAUACAACGGUAACCUAGGUGCUAGAAUAUCAUCCAUCUUUGUGAUUUUAGUUACGAGUUCUGCACUAACACUUUUUCCAUUAAUUGCCAAGAAAGUAUCCUGGCUUCGAGUCCACAAGUAUGUGUACCUUUUCGCUCGUAGUUUUGGUACUGGUGUCAUUUUAGCUACCGCCUUCAUCCAUUUGAUGGAUCCAGCAUACCAGGAAAUUGGUGGAUUUUCAUGUGUAGCACAAGUUGGUAAUUGGUCCCUUUAUUCGUGGUGUCCGGCCAUUAUGUUGACCACCGUCUACUUCACAUUUCUGGUUGAUUUAUUCGGCGGCGUUUAUGUGGAAAGGAAAUAUGGAAUUGCACAUUCAGAAGACCACGAUCAUGCUAUGGAUGCCGUUAUCGCACCCCAUGUACACGAUGAUUCCCAUUUACACAAUAUGAACAAGGAAACUGUUGAUGAUAGCAGCCUAUCGAAGAAGGAUUCUGUGGAUGUCUCUGUAAGGAGUUCUCAGGAUACUUUGGAGAAGGUGAUUUCAUUCAAGAGUGAAUUUUCUGCAUUUCUAGUGCUGGAAUUUGGUGUGUUAUUCCACUCGGUUAUGAUUGGAUUAAACUUGGGUACUACUGGUGAUGAAUUCUCCACUUUGUAUCCGGUGCUGGUGUUCCACCAAGCUUUUGAAGGUCUUGGUAUUGGAGCCAGAUUAUCAGCAAUUGAUUUCCCACAUAAUAAAAGAUGGUGGCCAUAUGUACUAUGCAUGGCUUAUGGGCUAACAACUCCUAUCGCUAUUGCUAUUGGUCUUGGUGUAAGAAAAUCCUACCAGAGCAACUCAUAUGCAGUUAAUGUGGUAUCUGGUGUUCUUGAUGCUAUUUCAGCUGGUAUCUUACUGUACACCGGUUUAGUGGAACUAUUAGCGAGGGACUUCCUUUUCAACCGUCAAAGGGCAAAGACUCUUAGGGAGUUAAUUUUCAACCUAUUCUGUUUGUCAUGGGGAGUUGGUCUCAUGGCGUUGCUAGGUAAGUGGGCUUGA